UGAAACCGGAAGUUGAUAAAUGCACACUCAUUUUUGAUCUGUUUACGAUCACGCUGUCUUAUUAAUUUCCUUAACUUAACGCUAUAUCUUUAAAGAUGGAGUGUCUAAUUGGCCUGCAAGGAAAAGAUUUUGUUCUCGUGGCAUCUGAUAAUAUUUCAGCCAGAAGUAUAGUUUCCAUGAAACAAGAUCAAGAUAAGAUGUUUCCUCUCAGUGAUAAACUAUUAAUGCUAGUCUGUGGUGAAUCUGGAGACACAGCUCAGUUUGCUGAAUACAUAGCUAAGAAUAUUCAAUUAUACAAAAUGAGAAAUGGUUAUGAACUUUCACCCAGUGCAGCAGCAAACUUCACUAGAAAACAAUUAGCAGAUGCACUUAGAAGUCAGACACCAUAUCAGGUCAACUUAUUAUUAGCAGGUUACGAUAAAGAGGAUGGACCAGGUUUAUUCUAUAUGGAUUAUUUAGCUUCUUUAAAUAAAGUUCCAUUUGGUGUACAUGGUUAUGGAGGUUUUUUCUCUCUAUCAGUAAUGGACAGAUUUUAUAGAAAAGAUUUGACACAGCCAGAAGCAAUGAAGUUAUUACAGCAGUGUAUAGAUGAGCUUUCAAAACGAUUUAUUGUAAAUAUGUCAUCUUUCAAUGUACGAAUGGUGACUAAAGAUGGAAUACAGAAUUUAGGUGUUAUCAAGCCACAUCCAGCAACUAUUUGAAACUAAGACAACUUAUUGACUAUCAGAAACAAAUAGUGUAGAUGAACAUUAUCAUUACUUUUUCAAAAAGUGCUAUCUCAUCUAAAUUGUUGACAUAUUUACAUCAUAGCUGUGUAUAUUGUUUUUUCUUCAAAUAAUAAAGUAAUUUUGAAUUGUAUAUAAA